AUGAAGCAUGACACCGAAGCAGCAUCCAGCAUUUGUUCCUGGGCAUUUGUCACCGAACACGACAAAACUUCCCUCCAUCUAAAUAUGGUCGAAGAAGAGAACGCGCUACUCCGAAAAGAAGUGAAUCAAAAGAGCGAAGUAAUUGCUCAGUGGAUUCGUUCUUUACCAGACACCGGUCGCAAUGCACAAAUUGGCACUUCCUCACCUGGACUGCGAUUCCGUCGUAUGCUUGAAAUGGUUCGUAUCGAUGAAACUGCAGCUGAUAUACGUGAUAUGAAUCGGCGACUGCAACGUAUGCUUGAGGAAACUUUGUCUGAGAAUCUUGUUCUACAAAGGGUAGGUGUAAAUUUAAAUUGCAUUAAUACCUUAAUGUGUUUUUAUUGCAAAAAUUUCAUUACGCAUCCGUUCCUCUCAGUCCUGCGACACGCGCAUACAUGUUGA